AUGAACUUCCUCCGACGCCGUCUCUCGGACAGCAGCUUCAUGUCCAACCUGCCCAAUGGUUACAUGACAGACCUCCAAAGACCCGACCCACCUGCUCCUGUUCCCCCUACCGCCUCCUCCCCUUCCCAGCAGGGUGCAGCCACGGCGCCCGCCCCUGCCCAGUCCCCAACUACAGCUCCAGCACCAUCCCAGGCGCCAGCUAGCUCCCCCGCAGCUCAGGAGCGCCGUCUAAGCCAACUGGCUCAGCAGCCUCAACAGGCCCAGUCCUCAACCUCCUCCUCCUCCUCGGGUGGCUCCUCUGGCUUCUUCAGCUCCUUCAGCUCCAUCACCAACGUGGUCAAACAGACGGCUGCGUCCGCCGCCGGGUUUGUGGAGCAGUCGGCUCCGUCUCCCUCCCUCUCCAAGAAGUUCAAGAUCCUGUUGAUCAUUGAUGAGCCCCAGCAUGAGUGGGCCAAAGUGUUUCGGGGAAAGAAGAUCCUUGGAGACUACGACAUCAAAGUGGAGCAGGCUGAGUUCUCAGAGGUCAACCUCGUCUCACAUUCAAAUGGCACCUGUAACGUGGACAUGCAGGUCAUCAGGGGUGGGACCAGAGUGGUCAGGUCUUUCAGGCCCGACUUUGUCUUGGUGCGCCAGCAUGCUUUUAGCAUGGCCCAGAACGAGGAUUUUAGGAACUUGAUCAUCGGUCUGCAGUAUGCCGGUGUCCCUUCAGUCAACUCUCUGGACUCCAUCUACAACCUCUGCGACAAACCUUGGGCUUUUUCCCAGCUGAUCAAUAAUCAGAAGAGGCUGGGUUCAGAUAAGUUCCCUCUUAUUGAUCAGACUUUCUACCCCAACUAUAGAGACAUGAUUACAACACCAAGUUUUCCAGUAGUGGUGAAGAUCGGGCAUGCCCACUCUGGAAUGGGAAAGGUCAAAGUGGACAAUGUGAGCGACUUCCAGGACAUUGCAAGUGUGGUGGCCAUCACUCAGACAUACUGCACUACAGAACCGUUUAUAGACGCCAAGUAUGACAUCAGGGUCCAGAAAAUUGGGGCAGACUACAAAGCAUACAUGCGAACAUCCAUCUCUGGUAAUUGGAAGAGCAACACCGGAUCUGCCAUGCUGGAACAAGUAGCCAUGACUGACAAGUAUAAGCUGUGGGUUGAUACCUGUGCAGAGAUCUUUGGAGGGCUGGAUAUCUGUGCUGUCAAAGCCAUCUGUGGAAAGGAUGGUAAUGACUACAUUACUGAGGUUGUGGGUUCAUCUAUGCAGCUGAUUGGUGAUCACCAGGCAGAGGACCGUCAGCUCAUCUCAGAGGUGGUGCUGGCUAAGAUGAACCAAGCACUGGUUGCCAGGUCAUCUAGUGUUUCCCGCUCACCUGCUCGCUCCCCUCAAGGCCAGAAGCCAACUACUAUGCAGCCCCAGCAGAGCGCUGCCCUUAAGGAAGGACUGGCAGAUCCAAACAGGACCUCGGGCCAGCGCCCUCAACCUCAAGGUGCACCAGUGAAAUCACAGAGCGUAGAGUCAUCAUCAGAGUCAGCUAGGAGAGCAUCUGAACCAGUACCAAAGCCGAGCGAGGCCCAGAAACCUGGUCCAGGUCAAGCUCAGAAACCAACUCAGGCUCAGAAGCCAGGCCCAGUCCAGAGGGCCACCUCAGUCACAAAGCCUCCAGUGCCGAGGCCUCCCCCAAUGACGAGAGCCCCAUCCGUCACAAAGUCAGCUCCAGGUUCUUCUUCCACCCCACCCCCAGCCAAAGCUUCACCAUCAUCCCCAGCUAAAGCAGCAGCAGCUCCAGGCUCUCCCCUUACCAAAGCAGCAGCAGCAGCCACAGCUCCAGCCCCAACUCCAGCACCAGCCCCAGCUCCAGCUCCAGCCCCAGCCCAAGCCCCAGCUCCAGCCCCAGCCUCACCUCCUACCACAGAGCAGCCCAAGCCCCAGCCUCAGGGCUCCCCAACUCCAGCUCCUGGCAAACCAAAAGAGCUACCCCCCAAGCCCACACCACCUGCAAAGCCCAUCCCUCCUGUACGCAGGAAUUCAAAGCCACAGCUCCAGCCAAAGCCGCAAACCCCACCUCCUCCCAGAGCUUCACCUAAACCCCAGCCUGCCACCCAAGCCCCAGCACCCGCUCAGGGCUCAGAUACUGUCUCAGCUCCUGCCCCAGCACAGGGUCAGUCCCCGGCCAAAGCCAGCCAGUCCCCACCUCAUGUCCAGUCUCCAUCUAAGGCUCAGCUCCAGGCCAAGACAGCCUCUCCUUCCCCAAACCCUGAGCCUGUCCCAGCUGAAGCAACUGCAGCCCCCGAUGAGGCCCAGGCACCUGUGGAAGAACAACCAGAAUCCCAGCAAAAGACCCAUCCUCUGCUGAAUAAGUCUCAGUCCCUGACCAAUGCCUUCAACGCCUUCAGCGACUCCUCUUUCUUCCGUGGGGUCUCAAGCUCUGGAGGUGAUGGACAAGAAGAGGCAAAGGCCGAGACCAUUCGCAACCUCCGAAAGUCCUUCGUCAGCCUUUUUUCUGACUAGACACGGCCGAACCGUAGUCAGCCCCCUAUUGAUUCUGCCCCCAUCCCCUCCUUUUAUUUUUGGCCAGUGGUGACUUGAUUGACAUUAAACGUGGUCCAGUCUGAGAUUAAACUUUGUGUGUUAACUGUAUUGUAUCCCCUUUGUCACGGCCCCCUCUUCUCCUUCCUUUGUGAUUAACAGUGAGGCCUGCUGGGUAGGAUAUUCAGCGAAUGAUGCUGUGCCAGAGUAAAUGGACUGAAGGAGUUACGUCAUUGAUAUAUAAUAAAGUAAAGAACAGAAUAACAAAAUGUUUAUUUUUCCCAGAUCACUUUAAGGAAGACAGAAUAUGAUAGUAUAAUAUUUAAAACUACAGAUGGAGUGUACAUACAGUAUAUACAUAUAUAUACACAUAUACAGUAUAUAAAUAUAAACAUAUAUAAGCAUAAAGGGAAAUAAGCCAAUCGUAGAGAAGUAGCUCUUUUCAAUAAGCUUUUGUCAGUGACAUAACUCUUUCAUUCAGUAGCUGGAUUCAUACACAUUUAAAAACAUGAUUAGAUAUUUGACAUUAGAUGGUGUUCCCCCACAGUGACUCAAUUUUGGUCCGUAAGUGAAAGUAUGUGAGUUUAAAACAAAAAACAAAACAAACAAAAAAAACACUUCUUAAACGAUUUGUUCCUGUGAAAAUCCAGCCGUCGUGUCUCUGGUUCUUGGCUACUGACUACUGGGCUCAUCAUUGCUGCCCCAUUUUUUGUCUGCAAGCCUGCCGUGAGAGGGAGUUGGAAAUCUGUGUAUGUUCAUCUGUGUUCAAAUUGUUAUGCAUGGCUCCCCCAAGUGGCUCAGUGUGACUUUUGGAGCGAAAGGGAGCUCUAUCAGUGUUGAGUUUUCCCUGCGUUCACCUCUCUCUCUCUCUCUCUCUCUCUCUCUCUAGAUGUUGUAGCCUUAUUGUGAAGAUGCUUUCAAUCCACAGCUACGUUUGUUAGCUGUGCAGACCUGGGUCGAACUCGAAAUGCAUUCAUUUACUUCAAGUGUUAAACUAUUUAAGAGAAAAUUGAUUGCAACUCUUGUGGUUCUGGGAGCGCUGGGAUUGGGCCUAGAGCACCAGACUGACUAAAUCAACCCUAAAAAGUAACUGAAUGCAUUUCAGAGAGCAAAACGACUCAUGUCUGUAGCUGUGACUGGUGAUCUCUUGUUUCACCUCUGUGUAGAUCUAUCAGCAGUAUUGUAAUUUGUUGAUUAUUCUCAUGAAAGACAUUGAGACAGUAGUGCAAUAACACCUCGACAUGACUGUUGAGCGCUGUCACCCUAUUAUACAUAUAAAUAUGAUCAUACAUACAGGACCUGUGUAUCUGUUUUACCUUAUUCUUACAUUCCCUUUAAGGUUCCUUUCAGUGGCGACUUUCCAGGUUGCUUUGUACUGCACUCAGAAGCUGGGUUUCAGAUAAUUACUCCAUAUUGAGCUGUUGGUUUUUCAGAUCAAUCCUGUUUGUAUUGUUGGACUGAAUUUAGGGCAACCUAGAAUGAACCCAGUACAUUGACUGGUUAUUUUCAGUUGAGUUGCUACAUCUUAAGUUAAGAGUAAGAGUAAAAAGAAAAACACUUAAGAACCGCAUAUCAACCUGUCUGCUUAUCCAUUUCCAGUACUGUUGCAAGUAAAUUAUAAUACAUUGUAUUUGUAUGUACGUAUGUAUGUAUGUGUCAUCUCAGGAGUUUAUUUUUUGUAAUAUAUUGAUCGAUUGAUUUAUUUUUUUGAGGCUCCAUAUUUAUGGUACAGUAUGUAUUGUUUGUUUUGUAUUGUGUUUUUAUUUGUAACGCAAUACUGCUUUGCAUGAUCUGGUGACUGAUAAUGUUUGUUUGUUUUUUUUGUUUGUUUUUUCUGUACAGAUAAAAGUUAAUAAAGAUGUGGUUCCAUCAUUCCACUGAUUCAUUAAGUACG